AGCCACAGUGAACGAGUCGGGCCGGCGAGAGUAGCACGGUUCGCAAGUGUAGGUUUCGCGCCUUUCCGAUUUCGCACUAUCUUUACGAAUCCACCUCUGAUUGUUAUAAAAUUUAGUUAAUAACAGACAACAAAAAUUACCGAUAAACAAUAAUAAUUUUGACUUGUUUAUGUGAAAUUGAAACCCCUUUGGAUUGCUAUGAUUUUAUUACUCUACAUUGAAUUACAGAGAUACAUCCAUUGUUUCUACGUGUGUUAAGAUGAUAAUGGUAUCAAUGAUGAGUCAAUGAUGUGCGUUCAAAUAAACACCUUGCUAGAGCACAACAAUUGCAAUGACUUCAGUGAGCAAUGUGACAAAUGCAACUCUCAAUGUAUCCGAGAAUGUGGACCCGACACUCAUUUUCGGACCUCAGCGGGAUUCUAUGUUUAUCGUCGUUCCUAUCACGAUAAUAUACAGCCUCAUAUUCAUAACAGGCCUAUUUGGAAAUAUCUUCACAUGUCUCGUCAUUAUACGAAACAAAAAUAUGCACACGGCCACAAAUUAUUACUUAUUUAGUUUAGCAAUAUCUGACUUGCUUCUUCUAGUUAGCGGUAUGCCCCAAGAGAUGUACUCGAUAUGGUCCAAGUGGCCAUAUGUAUUCGGGCAUACGUUCUGUGUCAUUAGAGGAUUGGCCGCAGAGACAUCUACUAAUGCGAGUAUUUUAACAAUAACAUUAUUUACCAUAGAGAGGUAUUUAGCGAUUUGCCAUCCGUUUGUUUCCCACAAGAUGUCCAAAUUGUCACGCGCAAUCAAACAUGUUAUUUUAUUGUGGAUAGCAUCUCUGGGACUGGCGUUACCGCAAGCGUUACAAUUCGGUAUCAGGGUUCACAAAGGUGUCACUAUGUGUUUACAAACAAGAGUCAUAAUUGAACAUUCCUUUGAAUUGUCAACAUUUUUCUUGUUUUUUGCGCCGAUGAUUGUCAUCACCGUCCUUUACUCACUAAUUGGACUGCGACUGAAUAAACCCACCGUACCAAAAGAAAACGGGACGGGUAAAGAUGUAACGAAAAACAAAAGAGUCAUACAUAAAAUACAGAGGAAAAACAGUACACAGUCAACAAAAAGAGUUGUUAAAAUGUUAGUUGCAGUAGUGGUGGCUUUCUUUAUAUGUUGGGCGCCGUUCCACGCCCAGAGGCUUGUAGCGAUUUAUGGCACAGCUGAAAAUCAUUUAGCCAAAUCUCCGCUACUGCUCUCCGCGUACUACUUCCUGACCUACACUUCUGGAGUGUUCUACUACUUGUCCACGUGUAUUAAUCCCAUAUUUUACCACAUUAUGUCGAAUAAAUUUCGAGAAGCUUUUAAGUUAACAAUGAUGCAGUGGUGCUGCAGAGAAUCGAAUAAACCAGUCACAAAGCGAUGUUCCUACACAGCUGUAUCUUUUUCCAGACACCCCACCUCUAGUUUUAUGAACUCCGGUUCAUUCAAAAACCAAGUUAUAAGCAAGAAGGGGUUGAAAUCUGAAAGCCGGCCCAAAGAAAAUGUACCCAGCUCACGAGUUUUCAAAGUGUGUGAGAAAUGUAAAAGAACAUUCUCUGUGCCAUCUAUAAUUGAAUUAAAAAGUUGUAACCAUAAACCAGAGCUUGAUACAAACAUUUAAAAUAACAGAUAAUAGAAACAAAACUGUCUUAUUUAUCUGAGUGAAAAGAUUUUAUGUGUGAUAUUUUUUUAUUAUUAGAUAAGUAAAUGUGGUACCAGAUAAGUGUAAAUAAUAUUUAAUUAUAUUAUACAAAUUUAUUUGAUUUUAUUAAGUGUUUUAAUCAACGAAUUCUUUUACGGUUAGAACAAAUAGAUAUAAUUAAAAUUGUAAUUAAAAGAUUAAAUUCAUUUAUAAAAAUUUGGAUGAAUUUGGAAAACGAAUGACUGAUAUGUAUGCAUUUAAAAUAUACGUAUACGUAAAGUGACGAAUUUUAUGAAAUAUGAAAUAAAAUGAUGUUGGACAGAUUAUUAAGGAUCUCUCUUCCCCUCUUAUUUAUAAUGUGUAUUGUAAUAUAAAAAAGGUUCCGACAAUAACCAAUAUAUAAUAAUAAAUAACAACGAACGGACCACUGAAAUGUAUUCAAUUAUUUCUAAUUCAGCUCUUGUAAACACCAUUUAUGUGGGUAGGUAAGUAGAUCAGACUAUGGAGUUAUUUUU